AUGAAGAAGGAUAAAAUAAAAGAAAAAUACAUAAAACUUUUGUUUACUCAAGUGGAAAAAGAAAAAGUUCAAAACAAUUACGAGAAUACUAGCUAUAACUUUGCUUCUUUUACAAAUUAUGAUGUAUAUAUUUUAAAUGGAAAAUAUUAUAAACUAAGAAAUUUAGAUGACGUUAAGAUUAAGAAGACAUUAUUGCUAUAUUUAUUUAAACACAACUUUUAUGUUCCCAAGAUAAUAAAGAGAAUAAUUUUCAAAAAAUUUUUACUACAAAAUGAAAGCAGGGACAUACCAAACUUCAAUUACAACAUAUAUCUUUUAUUAUCAUAUUUAAAAAAUCCUAGUGUUAAUGAAACUAUGCAAAAAAUUAUUGAUUUAGAUGUAUUCAGAACAAGAAUUAACAAAGAAAAUGAAAAAACAAUAUAUUUUUUUAAUCUCUUUUUAAAUUAUGCUUGCAACUAUUUUCAGUUUAAAUAUAAGCAAGGGCUAAAUGAAGUCCUAGCACUUUUUUUUUACCUGAAGGGGAAAUGCUUUAAUAUGGUUGAUGUCUAUUUCUGCUUUCAAAACUUUGUUGAGAGAUUUCUAAAGGAGUUUUAUUAUGACGAUGAGUUUUUUUUUUUGCAAAUAUCAUUUUUUUUGUUUAAGAUUUUAAUUAAGUAUCAUGACCCCGUGUUGUCGGAAGUGCUAGAAAAGAACAAAAUGACUCCAGAGAUAUACGCAGCAUCGUGGUUUCUAACCCUCUUUGCAUCGAAGAGCAAUUUACAAAUUUUAAAUUCUAUCUAUAUGAUAUUUUUACUAGAACAUAAUCCCUUUUUUUAUUUUUUUUUUUCCUUGGCUCUUUUAAUUUUGCAUAGAAAUGUAUUUCUGUGCGUCGAUAGCUCUAAUUUACCAGAAUUGUUAAGUAAAAUAAACAUAUUUAAUAAAAAAUUUUUAAAGAAAGUUUGGUCACUGGGGAAGUAUUUGGAAAACAACACACCUGUGUCAUUUGCUCAUAAACUGUUUUUCAUUAAAAAUAUUUUGAUUUAUUUAACUAAUGAAAAUUCGAUAGAAAAUAAUCAUAAAAAAAAUGUGUUAUUGAAUUUUUUCAAAUCCAUUGAUUAUAUGUCCAUAAAUUCGUACGAGAUUAUAAAGAACGUCUCGUCAGGAAGAAACAACUACAUAUUCCUUGAUAUCAGAUCGAGUAGAAAUUUCAAGAAAUUUCAUUUAAACAAUUCGAUAAACGUAGAGCCAGUGAAUAACAUAGGUUUACAACAUAAGAAGAAAAAGAAAGAUACUAAUAGAACUGACGAUAAACAAAUAUUUUAUAUUUUAAAAAAGUAUGAUGGCCAUGAAGUCGCACACACAGGUAUGUUACUAUUUUCCUUUUUAUUGCUAAGAAAAUACAACGGGAAGAAUAACAUUCAUUAUGAUGAUAAUAUUAUAUUAAAAAAAAAAAAAGGAAUUAAUGAAACCAAACUGACUGAAGUUAAUAUUAGAUCAAUGGAUAAAAGUCAAGAAAGAGGAGUGAAAAGGAGAAAAAGGGAAGAAAGUAAAAAUAUAACAAGAAAAAAAAGGAAAAAAAUAGGAGAUAACCGUGCCACAAGUAUUUUUAAUAAUCUCAGUUUACUGAAAGUUGAGGAGAAUCAAAUGGUAGAUCUCAAUACUUUUUUUUUUAAUUUUUAUUCAGAUAAGAAAUGUAUUAAAAGGUCAUAUAAAAGCUGUAAAGUUAAAUUUAAAUUUUAUGAACCAUUAAGUAGAGAGUAUGCAGUGGAGAAGAAGGUUAAAAUGGCAAAAAAUUAUUUUUCUGAUGAUGAUGUUUUAUCAACACCUUUUAGUUUAACAAGCUAUCGCAUUAGAAUGAGUUUCAUUUUGAAAAGAGAAAAAGCUAUGGCAAAGGUUACUAGGGUAGAAACGGAAGAAAUGAAAAAGAGAAAAACGGAAGGAUUGAAAAGUGCUAUUCGUAAGGACAGUACUAGGAAUGUGGAAAGCAAUGAGUAUUACAAUGAAAAUGGUGGCAAAGACAACCACGUUGAUACACACAUUGAUAUAAACGAUGAUGAUGAGCAUGUUGAUGAUGAACACGCUAACGAUGCACGAGCCACUAAAUCAACAAGAAAAAUCAAAAGAGAUUCCUAUCUACUUGAGCAAAAUUUGAAUAUCAGUUCAUUCAAUUUAUAUUUGCUAAUAAAAGAGAAAGUUUUGAAAGACGAAAACUCACUAAAAAUUUUUUUUGAAAAUAUGUUCAACCCGAACAAAGAAAUCGUUAUUCUAUACGAUGAUGAUUUUAAGAAUGCUAAACAUGUGAGAAGCUUUUAUUACGAGUUGAUAUAUAAGUUAAAGCUAAAGAACGUUUCUAUUAUUGAAGGAGGAAUAAAUUCUUAUCAUAACUUGAUAAAAAAUAAGCAAUCGGAAUCUCCGUCUCGCUUAGAUUCACGAUCACAUUUGGAUUCUAGGGCCAAUUACAAAACAAAUGUAAUUACAAAAACAUCAGGGGGGAUAAAGAAUACAGAGCUUCCUGAUUUUUACUUAUGCUAUAAUUUAGUAAAAAACAAAAAGGUGUUGAACCAUCUAUUUCAUCCAUCUCAUUUAUGUUAUUUGUGUGAUAAUAAAAAUUUUAAAAAAAUGAAAAAGAGAAUUCUGGACGAAUUUUUUUUUGAAAUAUAUAACGAUUACAGUAUAUUUGAAGAUUAUUAUUAUUUUUUGACAAAUCAAAGGGAUCAUGUUAAUUAUUCUGCUUUCUUUGAAUUAAUUUUACGUAAAAAAAGCUUUGAGAAAUUAAAAAAGAGCAAGAAAGAGGAAUCGGAAGCAUUAUUAUUUCCUCUUUCAAAUAUACUUAAUUAUAUUAAAAGAAAAAAAUCAGUAGAUAAGGAAAAGGACCUUAAUGAAAACUCUUCAGUACGUACUGGUUAUGUGAAUACAACUACUACCAUUACUAGUACUUCUACUGCAGUGGGUGCUGCUUCUACUUCUGUUUCUAGUGGUAUCCCUGUUUGUAACAACAACUGCAAGGGUAAUCACAACGAUGGGGUAUGUAAUAACAGUGUGCAUAGUACCAAUGCAUCUGCUAUGACAAAGAGGCUUAGUGAAUCUACGCAAAGUGAUAUGAACAUAUACAGUAAUACAAGAGUGAAAAAAGAUUACUUUAGUUUGAACUAUUAUAUAUAUUACUACAAUCGAAAGAAGAAUGAAUUCUUUACUUUCAUCGCAAAUGAUGAAGAAAAACAAACAAAAUGUGAAGGUGCAUCUUUCGACGUGAGCAAUGCAGCUCCAUGCAAUGUUACGCAUACGAACACAUCUGAUGUAAAUAGAAGCAGCUUGAGAGGCAGUGUACCAUUCAUCAAUAAAUGUAGUGAGGAUGGUGAUCAUAGAAAUGCGUGCGCAAUUUCAAACAGAACUGCAGAUGCAGGAGCAAAUGUUGGUGCAGAUGCAGAUAUAGAUAUAACUAGUGCUAUUUGUGCGAAUGAAAGUAUAAAAGUCGAGGGAGAUGAAAAAUGGUUAGCUGUUAAUGAAGAACAGGAAUACAUACCAAGUAAGGAUCUUUUAAAUUUAAGAAAUAAGCUUUCAAUUAGCAGUGACAAUACGGAAAGAAGGAGUUCAUCCAGCUCUGACGUUUACAGUUUGUACUCCUACAUAGAUAUAAUGUGUUAUAAUUAUUUGUUGAACAAGGAUGAUGCAAGUUGUAGUAGUUGCAAAAGAUGCGAUGAUAAUGAUGAUGAUGGUGAUAAUGUUGAAUAUAACGACGGUGAGGAUUACCACAAUAACAACAACAGGAGUGUAAGUAAAAUCCAGUGCAAAAUUUAUAACUGCUUCAUUGAGUAUAUUUAUCAGCCUAUGAUCCCACACAACAUCAGAUCGAAUAAUAUUAUAAGCAAUUUUGUUCAGUAUGUAAAAUAUUAUAAGAAUAUGAAUCCAAGCAAUAACUCAAUAAAUGAUCCAAAUUUUUAUUUGAAUUGUAAUAAAUUGGAUUCGAGUUUAUUUUUUAACCUGUCCUAUUUUCCUUUUAAUAAUUUUAGAAAAAUGCACUUACCCAAUAAGUUUUCAUUCUCAAAAUCGUAUGAAAAGGAGAGGAGGGAUACGGGCACAGGCAUGGGAACGAGCACGGAGAUAGAUAUGGGCAUAAAUAUGAGUAAAGGUCGAGACAGCGAAGGAAGUGGGGGUGGAUUAGAGUUUAGGGAUAGAAAAAACUUUGUACGAGAUGAUUCAUUGUAUUAUACUGUUAGAGAGGAAUUGCCCUUGAAGAAAGAGCUACAAAAUGAUGAAGAUGACAAGGGUACACAACAUGUAGGCUCCACAAAUGGGGAAGCAACCUAUGCAGAGGGGAAAAAUGCCAAUACCUACGAUGAAGUAGUAAAUGAUUCUAUCUUAAAUAACACGUGGAUUAAAAACAAACCUGAGUUAGGUUUAUGCAAACUAAUGAUAUAUCACAAUUUUUUAAUUUUGUACGGAGUUCCCUAUUUGUAUGAUGUCAAUGUGUUGGUAGAUACAACAAAUAAAGCUACACAAGAGAACAAAGUUCGUAGAAACAUUUCUAAGUCGUAUGGAGAACACAAAUCAGUAGCUAACUUAAAGAAAAUAAAGGAGGCACCAUUUGAUGAUACCACAGAUGUAAAAGACUUCGAGGGAAAUCAAGCAAAGAGGGAAGAAGCAGAUGGGGGAAAAGAAACAUAUAGAGGGAAUGGAGAAACCGGGGGGGGUGCCCCCCCCCCUGACAUUGGAAUUGUAAACUUUUUGAAAGAGAAAAAAGAGUAUAAUAAUAAAAAAGAUAAUACUUAUUUAAACUAUUGCGACGACAAGUUACACAAAAUGGUGGUACAUAAAUAUAAAGACUUAAAAAAGAAAGAUAUUUUAUUUAACAUCGACUGUUAUAAGUUGAAUGCAAUUGACAUUAACUGGAAUAAUAUAUCUAAUCACAUGUUUCGUAAUAUAACGAAAGAACAUAUAGAGGAUACGUACAAUUAUUAUAAGCCAUAUUUUAAUUUAUCGAAAAAUAAUUUAUCAAAGGAGGAACAAUUUCCUUAUUCUCCUUCUUCCUCGAAUUCAGCUUCAAGUAACAACACUUGUUCGUGUGCAUCAGAUGAACAAGAUUUUUCCUUUUCAGACUAUCAUAGCUUAUAUACAAAUAAAGCCAAAAUAAAAACGAACUCAAGGAACAAGAACAAUAAAAAGAAAAUGAAACUUGAAUAUCGUAAGACGAAAAUUGAUGUUGUUAAUAUUUAUGCAAUAUUUGACCUUAGAACUAUUUAUAAAAUUACCACCAAAAAGAACAAUAACAAAACUCUCUAUUUCUACUUUUCAACAAAUAAGAGCACCCCCUUGAUGGUUUUAAAUUUUGAGGACGAGUUGGAGGUCCAAUCGUGCGUCUGUUCUGUUAAGGAGGUGUACACCUUUUUUGCAAAUAACAUAGGAGGGCUUCACUGA